AGAAUUCACAAAAGUUGUGCUAGAAAGUGGUGUGGGGCUGUAGAGGUUUGGAUGAAACAUGCACAUGUACUGUUGAAGCAAAAGAACCUUGAGAAAGAAGAAGCUGUCCUCAUUAUGAAUGGUCAAAUUCGUGAAGAAAGGCAAGAAAAAACCGGGGAACUUUUGGAAGGGUCACAAGGAGCAAGCGACUCAAGGAUGUCACAGAUGUUGCCAGAUUCUGAGGAUGUUAACCAACUAGUUGGUGAUCGCUUGCAUGGGAUGUCGAAUGGUGUUACUUCCCUUGCAUCUUUAUUUAGAGAAUCCAUGGUGAAAUUCUAUUUGUCUUUGAAAUCUCAAAGCCAAGUUCCACUAGUUGUAGUGAUUACCCUUGUUAUGAUUCUUCUGUUGAUGCAGGUAAAUACUUCUUAACUUUCAUGAGUAUCUUUCCAAUUUACAUUCAGGGUAAUUGGGUUAAGCUAUUCUUUCAUUUGAAUUAGGAAUUUGGUUCAUUUUGCUUAUGACGAUAGUUGUUCUUAUUAUGGUUGAGGGGUGAUCCAUUUUUGGAUUUCUUGUUAGAGACAAUCCAAGAUGUUUUACUGCUGAAGUGUUUAUAUAGUCUUAAUUUAUUCAUUUGCGCCAUUGUUGUUGUUCCAUGGUAGUUAUUUAAACCAUCUUGCUAAAUGAUAGGGUAUGUUUUCUGUUUUAUCUCAACCAUUACCUGCAAAUUUGUUUAGGGGUUUGAAUUUUGAUUUUUCGUACAAUGAUGCAGGACUUAAAUGGCAUAGAGUAGUAUGUUGAUUUGUCAUAGAAUUCAAUUUUAAAAAUUUCUGUUGUUUAGUAUUAUGUUAAAAAUUCAAGCCAUUUACAUAUCAAUAUCAAUUCAAAAUUCAAUUCUUCUUGUUUUUGAAUAAAUUUUGAUGUGUUGGUUAUAUAUUAAUGUUGUGAUAUCAGUCUAGAAAGGAAUUAUCUUUGAAAGUUUUAGUAUUCCUUUAAUGCUAUUAUAAAUUGAUGGACAUGACUGGAUCAUAUUUGCAAUGUGUGCAAGAAAGUCCAUCUUGCCCCAUAAGAUAAUAUUUAUUGGAAAUUAUUUUAUCCUUGCUAUUUGGAAAUAUACCUUGUUUAGACAGUGAAAUAUAUUGAGGAUGUCUUAGGAGUGCACUUGAUGUAAAUAGUCUUUCAAUAUUUUAAUAAUAAGUAUUGCCAUAAUGCUAGAAUAAGUUGUUGAACAUGACUGGAAAUCUGUGGUGUGUGCAAGAAAGUCCACUUGCCUCUUAGUUAAUAUUGAUUGGAAUUUAGUUUGUCCUUGCUGUUUGAAAAUAUACCUGGUUUAGUUUGGGGGUGAAGUAUAUUGAGGAUGUCUUAAAUAUGUGCACACACGAAGAGUGUAACCCUUAUAUGUAGGGCAAAAAUGAGCCGGGCCAAACCAAUUAGUGGGUUCCUCAUUAGUUUCAAUGAAUUCC